AUGCGGAGAAGUCGUGGAACCAGACGGCGAGUGGAGACAGUGAUAACGAAUCCUCUUCUUCGCUACAUCGGCAUAAUGACAGCCGCCGAAGCAGAAGAGGUUGUCACUCGGCCCACUACCUUCCGACUCUACCAUCAAACAUCAAUGACACUGGAAGAAAUGCGUAAAGCACUUCAUAACAAUCUACCCGAAGCUGUAACGCCUACAGUUCCACUGUUUGUUAUGUACCGUAGUCGAACUGGACAACCUCGACACUAUAGAAUCAAAGAGAACGAUACAGUUCCAAUACCCACCUACAGUGUGGAUGUACCAAACGUCAGUCAACCAUGCUUCUUCUCGAUUGUUGGUCUGGUGCGAUUUUAUAGGUAUGUUUCGGUUUGA